AUGUUGCAGCAGGCCCAAAGAGCUCCGGCCUAUUUUGUCGGGAAGCACAAGGAAUCUCAAUCGACAUUGUCCAAAGGGACGGGCAAGGAGGUAAAGCCGAAAUCAGCGGUUAAAGCGCAAGUGAAGGUAAACUCAGAUUGUCCCAUCGUACGGACUGGGGCACUAGUGAUUGACAUGGGUUCAGGCAGUUGCAAGGUGGGGUAUGCCGGCCAACCCAGGCCGGACUCCGUGGUGGCAUCCGUAACGGGAUACCCGAGAUGGAAGAACAAGCAACGCAUUGCUGUGGGCAAGGCGGUCUCAACCGAACCAGAUCUCGUACUGGUCCAACCAACCCACCACAGUAUCAUCGUGGACUGGACGGCGGCGGAGGAUCUCCUCCGGCACGUGUUUUAUGAGGAUCUGAAGGUUUGUCCAGAGGAGCACGCCAUCCUGAUCUCCGACCCUCCUCUCAGUCCCACCACGAACAGGGAGAAGAUAGCAGAAUUUCUCUUCGAGUCUUUCAAUGUCCCCGCCAUGCACGUCUCUUACCAGUCGGUGCUGGCGGUGUAUUCCUACGGGAAGACCUCGGGGCUCGUCGUGGACUCUGGAGACCGCGUGACCCACGCUGUCCCGGUUCUCGAAGGAUACAACCUGCCAGAUGCGAUCAGUCGGAUCGAUCUGGGCGGCCACGAUCUCACCACUUAUCUGAUAAAGUUGCUGGGGGAGGCGGGCAACGCGUUUCACGAGAAGUGCAGAUACAUAGUGGAGGACAUAAAGCAGAAAUGUUGCCACGUCGCUCCUGAUUGUCAAAACGAGACGAAACAGUCCAAUCAACAACAUUGUGUGGACUAUGAGCUACCAGAUGGCCAUAUUAUCACCAUUGGAAAAGAGAGGUUUAAGUGUCCCGAAGCUCUGUUCAACCCAACACUCAUAGAGACAAACCAGGACGGCAUCCACACAGCCGCGAAUAUAAGUCUGCGAAGGGUCCCACCCCAGGUUAGACACAUCAUGUACAACAACGUCCUGCUAUGUGGGGGCUCGACAUUAUUCGAUGGCUUUAAUUUACGUUUUUGCAAAGAGCUGUAUGCCCUGUCACCCCAUGGCUGCAAGCCCAAAAUUCACGCUGUCCCGGAGAGGAAGUACGCCGUCUGGAUUGGUGGUUCCAUUUUGGCCUCACUCCAUGCCUUCCAGUCGAUGUGGAUCCGUCGAGAAGAUUACGACGACCAAGGCCCAAACAUUGUGUAUCACAUGUGCUACUAAGAUCAGAGUUUUAUUUUGUCCUAGAGAUUAUUAAACGUUUACUUGAAAA